AUGGCUCGUCUCUCCGGUCUGCAAAGAGACGUUCUGUCUCUAUACCGAAAAUGUCUACGGGAGAUCCGAAAUAAGCCUGAGACGGGAGACGUUUAUAGCGCGGAAUUCCGAAAGUUUCUCUCGGUGAAUAAGAAAGACUUCAACACCGUCGAGUAUCUCUUGCGCAAAGGCAAUCGACAGCUUGAGACCUAUUCUUCCCCAGGUAUCCGCAAUAUCCGAUGA